AGGAGAGACGUUAUCUAAUAUAUCUACGGCUUGUAAUCCGAAGCAGACUCGAAAUCUCCAUUUCCGAGAGCAGGGAAGAAGACGAUGAUGGCGGCAGAGUCAGUGAGAUUAGCUUCUUCCGUUUGCAGUUUCAAUGGCUCUCAGCGUUGGCCUGCAACGCCUCUCACUCGAACUCACUUCCUCCUUCGUUCUUCUCGACCUUCCCGCUCCCAAUUCUUUGGUACCAACCUUCGUUUCAGUUCAUCAGCUUCUUCUAAGCUUUGUAAUUCACGUCAACAGAACAGACGCAAUCUCUCUGUCUUUGCCAUGGCUGCCGAAGAUGGGAAGCGUACAGUUCCACUUGAAGAUUACAGGAAUAUCGGAAUCAUGGCUCACAUUGAUGCCGGUAAGACGACUACAACUGAACGUAUUCUAUACUACACAGGAAGAAACUACAAGAUAGGGGAAGUACACGAGGGAGCAGCUACAAUGGAUUGGAUGGAGCAAGAAAAAGAAAGGGGAAUUACCAUUACUUCCGCUGCAACUACCACAUUUUGGAAUAAACACCGUAUAAAUAUUAUCGAUACUCCAGGUCAUGUCGAUUUUACCCUUGAGGUGGAGCGGGCACUUAGAGUACUGGAUGGAGCGAUAUGCCUAUUUGACAGUGUUGCUGGAGUUGAACCACAGUCGGAAACUGUUUGGAGGCAGGCUGAUAAGUAUGGUGUGCCAAGGAUUUGCUUCAUCAACAAAAUGGAUCGCCUUGGAGCGAACUUUUUCCGAACAAGAGACAUGAUUGUGACGAACUUGGGCGCUAAGCCGCUUGUUCUUCAAUUACCAAUUGGCUCUGAAGAUAACUUUAAGGGUGUUGUUGAUCUUGUGAGGAUGAAAGCUAUAGUUUGGUCAGGAGAAGAGUUGGGUGCAAAGUUUCAGUAUGAAGAUAUUCCAGAAGACCUUGUGGAUCUUGCUCAAGACUAUCGAUCACAGAUGAUUGAGACUGUUGUUGAGUUGGAUGAUCAAGCUAUGGAGAACUAUUUGGAAGGGAUCGAACCUGAUGAGUCCACCAUUAAGAAGCUUAUUCGGAAGGGAACAAUAUCUGCUUGUUUUGUUCCAGUACUGUGUGGCUCGGCUUUUAAAAACAAAGGGGUCCAGCCAUUACUUGAUGCUGUUGUAGACUAUUUACCUUCACCAAUCGACUUGCCGCCCAUGAAGGGAACUGACCCUGAGAACCCAGAACUGAUUGUUGAAAGGGCUGCCAAUGAUGACGAACCAUUUUCUGGACUAGCUUUCAAGAUCAUGAGUGAUCCUUUUGUUGGAUCACUGACAUUUGUGAGAGUAUACGCUGGUAAACUUUCUGCAGGAUCCUAUGUAUUGAACUCAAACAAAGGAAAAAAAGAGAGAAUUGGUAGACUUCUAGAAAUGCAUGCAAACAGCAGAGAGGAUGUAAAGGUAGCCCUUGCUGGGGAUAUUGUCGCUCUAGCUGGUCUUAAAGAUACCAUUACUGGUGAAACCUUGUGUGACCCAGAUCAUCCUAUUGUACUUGAACGGAUGGACUUCCCUGAUCCUGUGAUUAAGGUCGCAAUCGAGCCCAAAACCAAAGCUGAUGUUGAUAAGAUGGCAACUGGUUUAAUCAAGUUGGCUCAAGAAGACCCAUCAUUUCACUUCUCCCGUGAUGAAGAGAUAAACCAAACUGUGAUUGAAGGCAUGGGAGAGUUGCAUCUUGAAAUCAUUGUUGACAGGCUUAAGAGGGAAUUCAAGGUUGAAGCUAAUGUCGGUGCGCCACAAGUUAACUACCGAGAAAGUAUUUCGAAAGUGUCAGAAGUAAAGUAUGUGCACAAGAAACAGUCAGGUGGUCAAGGACAGUUUGCUGAUAUUACAGUGCGGUUCGAACCCAUGGAGGCAGGCAGUGGAUAUGAAUUCAAAAGUGAAAUCAAGGGUGGAGCAGUGCCAAAAGAAUACAUUCCGGGGGUGGUCAAGGGAUUGGAAGAGUGUAUGAGCAAUGGUGUUCUUGCUGGCUUUCCUGUGGUUGAUGUUCGUGCCGUGCUAGUUGAUGGUACGUACCACGAUGUAGAUUCAAGUGUCUUGGCCUUUCAACUUGCAGCUAGGGGAGCUUUCAGAGAAGGAAUGAGGAAAGCAGGUCCUAGAAUGCUCGAACCGAUCAUGAAAGUCGAAGUUGUCACCCCCGAGGAACAUCUCGGAGACGUAAUUGGAGAUCUCAACUCCAGGAGAGGCCAGAUCAAUAGCUUUGGUGACAAGCCCGGUGGUCUGAAGGUUGUGGAUGCGCUGGUUCCUUUAGCUGAGAUGUUUCAAUACGUGAGUACGCUGAGGGGGAUGACAAAAGGCAGAGCUUCAUACACAAUGCAAUUAGCCAAGUUUGAUGUUGUCCCUCAGCACAUUCAAAAUGAGCUUGCUGCCAAAGAGCAAGAAGUUGCUGCUUGAUUUUGGUUUCUGUUUGGAAACAACCUGCGAUUCAUUGUCUGUUGGAAAGAGGGAUUCACGUUCUAUUGUUAAUUUAUGCCAUGUUUGUGCAAGGAUUGCUGUUCCUGCAAGAUUUGAAGAGGAGAGAGGGAUUCGUGUUCUAUUGUUAAUUUAUGCCAUGUUUGUGCAAGGAUUGCUGUUCCUGCAGGAUUUGAAGAGCGACCUCUCUUACUAGCCCUCCUACCAAGGUGUAAUUAUUCAAAUAGUUGGCUGUCGGAUGUUAAAUUCGACCCAAAUGCAAACAAUUUUGAAUGUAUAAUCAAUGUCUUCAUAAGGAAGCCAGAAUAUUCAUUUAGAUCCUUGAAAGUUUUACUAUAGAUCACUGUUCUUUGAUCUUUGAAGGAGUAAUUCGUAAUAAAAAAAACAACAUUUUCAAGAGUAUAAAA